AUGAUGUUGCUCAAGUACUCCGCUGCCGUUGCAGCUUUCGCCCUCUGUGGCCAGGUUAGCGCUGGGCCUUGUAAGCCGAUUACUCGUGUCACGAGCUCAAGCUUGGGAACCUCCAGUACGGCUGCGACCGAAGCUUCUCUGACUGCUACGAACUCGCUCUCGACUGAGACCUCGGCAACGAUUGACACUUCGUUGGCCGCCACGUCUGUGGAAAGCUCGGCGACGACUGUUUCUUCUGAGGCCUCAAGCACUACUGGCGAUUACUCCACUUUGUUCACCUCAACGACCGAAACCGCGACCCUUGACGCAACUACCACCGAGUUCGUUUCUACCAGCACCGAGGCCUCCGAUGUCUCUACGACAGCAACUGCGACGACCUCUGCUGCGCCAGUGUGCGAGUUCACAGGAGACUACACCAACUACGUCCAAAACCCUUCUUUCGAUGAUCUAGACGGCAAUGGACAGCCCACUGUCGAACCGUGGAUCAUGCUCGGCGUCUCAUCUCUGACAACCAACAACCCCAGAACAGGAGCCCACUCUAUGGCAUAUUCUUACCCCGACGCCGCAAUCGGAGGAAGCUCAGCCAUCCUCCAACAACUUACCAAUACCGUCGCCGGCCAUGAAUACAUCUUCAAGUAUCACUGGGUCCUCAUCGAAGGACAACCUCUCCAAUCAGAGGAGUGUCGAAUCGGUACAUUCGCUGGCUCUGAGGGUGCGAACUCGCAGUUCUUUUCUGUCGAUGGCGAUCAGGAAAUUGUGCAGGGUCAGUACUAUGAGCAGGAGUAUCGCAUUACUGCCGAGAACGAUAACCAGAGAUUGUCGAUUGGGUUCUUUUGCAGCAGCCAGCCGUCAGCGGGAACGGUCAAGAUUCAGAUUGAUGAUGUUUCUGUUUAUGACUACUAUGAGGGCUGUGAAAGUCCUUGA